GUUAAAAAUACUAUGCGUGGACGCGAUUGAAAAUUGUGAACUAAACCAAAAAAAAAGCCAAAGUGCGUGCGGUAUGGAAUUUUAACGCAUUCGGUGUCAGCCUACAGCCAGCAUCAAGAAUUUGUAUGUGUCGCGGUGCGGGACGCCUGCUGCUACUGCAACAUACACAAGCGUUGAAAAAAAAAGAGGAGUGGUGGGCCAGUCAAAAGAACUUGGAUUUCUGGUCUGACCGCUGUGGCCUGAGCGUAUCGAAAUAAAUACUGAUUGCAAGUGCAUGAAGCAGCCUGUUAACUGUUAAACACAUUUAAUAUGAUAAUUCUCUGCUCCUCCUUCUGGUGAGGCAGCAAUACGAUGAUGAUUAUUAAGGCCAAGCAACAGCAAUAGAUUACAUAAAAAGGUGAAACCUCUGGAAUACAUAUAUGGCGUGCAGUCGGAAGUAAAAUCGAUCAACUCCAAGAAUUGACCAAUAAGAAUAGAGAGGAACAGAAGAAUAAAGCUACAUGCCACGACGGCCAGCAGCGAAUGCAGUCGACAGCAGCAGCAACAACAACACUAUGUAGACUGCAACAGACAACAGCUACAACAACAAUAACAAGAACAAGAACAGCAAUUCAAGAAGCAAGAAGCAACACAGUAGACAAACAAACUCAACCAACAAGAUUCAUAAUAUAUAUUUGUUUUACAAGAGGCGAAAAAAAGCGGCAACAAGAUUGCACCGUUUAGUUUACUCUAAAUGCAGCACGUGAGCGCUGCCAGUUCGGCACCUUCGGUGGUUUCAGCACCGGUGGUGACCACUGGCGGUGGCACCACCAUCACCUUGGGCGGACCGCCGUCAUUGCCCGGUGUAAAAUCGACGGAAUCAUCUCAUAAAGAGGACGGCGGCAAGCAGCCGCCACACGGCAUUGAAAUGUAUAAAGUGAACAUUGAGGAUAUUUCGCAGUUAUUCACGUAUCACGAGGUCUUUGGCAAAAUCCACGGCGAUGUGGUUAAUCAUGUGGCGGCGGUGCAUGGCAGCCAGUUGCCACCGCCGCAACUGCCACCGCCGCCCCCCCUACCGCCACAGACGACGCAUUCGGCAAGCGCAGCUGCAGCAGCAGCGGCAGUGUCCACAAAUAAUGCAGCCGUUGCUGCUGUAAUGGCCUCGGCCAAUGCAGCAGCCGCGGCUGCAGCAGCCGCAUCAGUAGCGGCAUCAGCACAACAGCAACAACAGCAACAACAACAGCAACAACAGCAACAACAACAGCAACAACAGCAGCAACAACAGCAACAACAACAGCCAGCGACAAGCACAAAUGCUGGAAGCCAGCAGGGCAUCGCCACGGUGACAACGACCAGCUCGGGCAGCAACGGGGGUGGGAAUGGGGGCAACAACUCAACGACAACGACGGGUGAGUUGCUAAUGCCGAAAAUGGAGGGAGGCAUCCAUGGCGUUGAUGGUCAGUCGAGCGUUGCGUUGGCGCCGGAUGGCACGCCCAUUGCGACUGGUACGCAUGUGUGCGACAUUUGUGGCAAGAUGUUCCAGUUUCGCUAUCAGCUGAUUGUGCACCGCCGCUACCACAGCGAGCGCAAGCCGUUCAUGUGUCAGGUGUGCGGUCAGGGUUUUACCACAUCGCAGGAUUUGACCCGUCAUGGCAAGAUCCACAUUGGUGGUCCCAUGUUCACGUGCAUUGUCUGCUUCAAUGUGUUUGCCAAUAAUACGAGUCUGGAGCGCCAUAUGAAACGGCAUUCAACGGACAAGCCAUUCGCCUGCACCAUUUGCCAAAAGACUUUCGCACGCAAAGAGCAUCUGGACAAUCAUUUUCGUUCGCAUACGGGCGAAACGCCGUUCCGUUGCCAGUACUGCGCCAAGACGUUUACGCGCAAGGAGCACAUGGUCAAUCAUGUGCGCAAACACACGGGUGAGACGCCACAUCGUUGCGAUAUUUGUAAGAAGUCCUUCACGCGCAAGGAACACUAUGUUAACCACUACAUGUGGCACACUGGUCAAACACCGCAUCAGUGCGAUGUCUGCGGCAAGAAAUACACGCGCAAGGAGCACCUAGCCAACCAUAUGCGCUCCCACACCAACGAGACGCCGUUCCGUUGCGAAAUCUGCGGCAAGAGCUUUAGUCGCAAGGAGCACUUCACCAAUCACAUACUCUGGCAUACAGCAGGUGAGACGCCGCAUCGGUGCGACUUCUGCUCCAAGACGUUUACGCGCAAGGAGCAUUUGUUAAAUCAUGUGCGCCAGCACACGGGAGAGUCGCCGCAUCGCUGCUCCUACUGCAUGAAGACGUUCACGCGCAAGGAGCAUCUGGUGAAUCAUAUACGCCAGCACACGGGUGAGACACCGUUCAAGUGCACGUUCUGCACGAAAGCGUUCACACGCAAAGAUCACAUGGUUAAUCAUGUACGGCAACAUACAGGCGAAUCGCCGCACAAGUGCACAUAUUGCACCAAGACGUUUACGCGCAAGGAGCACCUCACCAAUCAUGUGCGACAGCAUACGGGCGAUUCGCCGCAUCGCUGCUCCUACUGUAAGAAGACGUUCACCCGCAAGGAGCACCUGACGAAUCAUGUGCGUCUGCACACGGGCGACUCGCCGCACAAGUGCGAGUACUGUCAGAAGACGUUUACGCGCAAGGAGCAUCUCAAUAAUCAUAUGCGCCAGCACUCCAGCGACAAUCCCCAUUGUUGCAACGUCUGCAACAAGCCCUUCACACGCAAGGAGCAUCUGAUCAAUCAUAUGUCGCGCUGCCACACCGGCGAUCGUCCCUUCACCUGCGAGACGUGUGGCAAAUCCUUCCCACUCAAGGGCAAUCUGCUGUUCCAUCAGCGCAGCCACACCAAGGGGCAGGAGUGCGAGCGUCCAUUCGCCUGCGAGAAGUGCCCCAAGAAUUUCAUAUGCAAAGGUCACUUGGUCUCGCACAUGCGCUCCCAUUCGGGAGAGAAACCGCACGCGUGCACACUGUGCAGCAAGGCGUUCGUCGAGCGCGGCAAUUUGAAGCGCCACAUGAAGAUGAAUCACCCGGAUGCUAUGAUGCCGCCACCACCCGUGCAUCCGCAUCCGCAAAUACCGGCUGGUGUGCUGACCCAAGUCAAGCAGGAAGUGAAACCGAUCAUAAUUCCCCAUCACUCGGCGACGACGACGAUGCACACCAUCCAGCAGAUAACAGCGGGCGCCGCAGCGGCGGGCGGCGGGGCCGUCCAGUUAGCGCCCGGCCUGGUGCCGCUGGUCACUAGCUCGCUCAUCUCGCACAAUGCACAGCAGUCACAGAAGCAGCAGCAGGCGGCGGCAGCAGUUGCUGCCCAACAGCAGGCGGCAGCAGCAGCCGCUGCACAGCAACAGGCGGCCGCUGCGGCGGCAGCCCAGCAGCAGGCGGCGGCGGCAGCAGCGCAUCAACAGCAUCAGCAACAGGUGGCCGCACAACAGCAACAACAACAGCAGCAGCAGCAGGCUGCCGUCGCUGCGCAUCAGCAGCAGCAACAGCAGCUGCAGCAGCAACAGUUGCUCCAAUUGUCCAUACAGCAGGCGGCCCAUCAUCAUCAGCAGCAUCAGCAGCAGCAGCAGCAGCAACAGCAGCAGCAGCAGCAGCAACAUCACCAACAGCAGCAACAGUCGCAUCCGCAGGCACCGCCACAGCAGCAACAGCAGCAGCAACAACAGCCGCCGCCACAGGUGCCAAUCGCAUUGAUAAGUGAUCCGACUGCGCUGGCACGUGCCGCCAUGCAGCUGCAACAUCUGCCCACAAAUGUGGAACAGCAUCCGGUGGUUUACUAACAGUAGCCCCUGCUGCAUGGCUACCCAGCGACGGCGGCGGCGGCCACAACAACGACCACAACACAGUGGUGAAGAAGCACACAAAAUCCGGCGGCCAAUCGAAACUGAGAAACAAGAACAACAACAUCAACAUCAUCAACAACAACCACAACAAGCAGCUAGUUAGUUAUAUAACAACAAUAUAAAGCGUAUUCAUUUAUAUAGUUUUUAACAAAAACAAACAGCGCGCUGGGUACGCCUUGAACCCCAAUCUGUAUCCUCCCCCGCCCCCUCUCAUCUCAUCUCGUCUCAUCUCAUCCCGUCUAUCAGCAUCCUCCUCCCAGUCUCUGGCGACAACUUGCGCAACGUGCAAUACAAGAAAAAGAAGAAAACAUCUCAUCAUUUUAUUUCCCUUCCAAUUGUUCUCUAACCGAUCUUUUUUAGACGCUUAGCGUCUAUAUAAUAUUAUAUUUGUAUAUAUACAUAUAUAUAUAUAUGUGUGUGUGUAUAUUUUUCACGUCCCUGUUACAUUUAUGAAAUGUACGCGCAACGUCAGCGAUGGGCGUGGCUGUUAGCUGUGCUAUCGGCCAAGUCAACAAUCAGAGAGGGUACUUCAUCAAUAUUGGGUUCCAACAAGUUGGAUCAGUUUCGUAAUCAAUUUGAUUUUUAUCCGUUUUCGGGCUCCUGUAUUUCUUAUAUUAUUAUUAUUAUAUUUUUCUUAUUAAGCUAUCUAUGCAUAGGAAGUGAGAGAGACAUUCAUAUAUAUAAAACUUACAAGGCAUCCUCAUAUACCACAUACAACAAUUAUCAUAAGUAUAUAUAUUUAUGUAUACACAUACAUAUUAACUAACAUAAAUUACAUAUACUUUGUAUAUAGAAAGAAAACUGCAGCAAAACUUUGGAAAGUCAUUGGAAAAAUUAUUGUAUUAUUUUGUGCAUUUUGUAAGGCAAAGUAUGUAAAUGAAAAAGCUUAAAAAAAAGCUAAAACAUACAAACAUACAUACAUAGAAACU